AUGUCGGCAUCUCGUCUGGGCAACGUCCACAAGGGUGCGCACAUGGUCCAUCUCUUCAACGAGAUGGGCGUCGACUAUGAGUCCAAGUUCAAGUGGCUCGGUACCAAUGUGCUGACGCCCGAGGGCAAGCCGUUCGGAGGUUCCAGCUGGAUAGACGUUCGCGAAUACCCGCUGAGGGGCAACAAUGGCGAUGACGUGCUGCGAGUGGGGCUGUUUGGCGUCUGCACCUUGGCCACCCCGAACCUUUCGUUCCCCGACGCGGAUGUCACCUUCGCACCCAUCAUUGCAUCCGCCAAGGACGCGGUCAAAGCUCUGUUGGAGGAGCACAAGGUGGACGUCAUCAUCGCUGUCACCCACAUUUCCUUGCCGCAGGACAAGGAACUAGCCACCAAGGUCCCGGAGAUCGACAUAAUUAUUGGAGGCCACGACCAUGUGCCCUACUGUCUCUUCGAACACAAGGUGUUCAUCAUGAAGGUCGGCCAAAACGCAGAGUACCUGGGCAGAAUCGACAUCAACUACACCCGAAAUGAUCUUGCCAAGCCCAACGCCCAGGGCCGUGAGAAAGGGUUCAUUUCACUCGACUGGAAGGUGAAGGCCAACAGAAGAAUCCCCUCUGAUGAGAGAAUUGACGCUGUCAUCAGGUCGUAUACGGAGACGCACGACGAAGCGCUUCGCCAGCCCAUCGCCACUGUCGUCACCGCGCUCGAUAGCACACAAACACGGUCAAAGGAGUCAACAAUGGCCAACUUCCUCACCGAUGCGCUGUGCGAGACAUUCAAUGCUGAUUUGGCCAUAAUCAACGGAGGGUUCAUUCGAGGAAACAGGGUCUACGAGCAGGGCUACUCGUUCACUCUGGGCGAUGUGGAGCGCGAGUUCCCCUUCCCCAAGAAACCCUUCUUCAUCGAAACACUCGGCAAGGAAAUCUGGGAGGCUCUCGAGACGGGCGUUCGCGCAGUGGAAGAACGGGCUGGGUUCUUCCUGCACCUUUCGAAGGGCUGGACCUACAGUUUUGACCCGCGGAAGCCGCCAGGCCAGCGCAUCAUCAGUGUACAGCACAACGGCGAAGAUUUGGCACUGGACCGAAGUUACAGAGUCGUGAUCACUGAGUAUAUGCGAGGCGGAGGCGAUGGCUUCGAGUCACUCAAGCGCGGCACGGUGCUCAAGACCAGCGACCUCAAGAUAAGCGAGAUCCUCACCCGGUACAUCAUCGACAAGAAGGAGAUCGCGCCCGUCCUCGAGGGCAGGGUUGUGUAUAUUCACUGA